AAUUAAUCGUUCAUGUAACAAUGUUGCGCGCGCGAAAAUCGAGAGAUCGAUCGAUCGUUCUGCGUCGUGAGUGCUAUCGACUACAUUUGUCUGCUGCGUGUGUGUACUGUGUUAGUGAUAUUGCGUUUCGGUGUUGUGCUUUUAAUUUCGCAUUAUAAUAUUUAAAUAAACGACGAAUAUGCCGAAAUCUAUACCUGAAAGGUGGUUGGAAUAUAAACCUUAUGGUACAGUGAUCAGUGGUACAAAAAUUCUACCGUUCAAAGUGCCAUUGAAAGAGGCAGUGAGUAACAAUUUAGAACCGGAGAAACGGUUUACAACUUCGGUACUGCUUCAAGCGUUUCCACGUUUAAAGUGUAUUAUCGAUUUGACAAAUACGAGUCGCUACUAUGACGAAAAGGAAUUCAUAAAUUCUGGUGUUAAAUAUGAAAAAAUUAUGGUUCGUGGGCGGGAAGUUCCCUCCAUGGAUGUAGUAAACAGAUUCUUUAAAACGAUGGAUGAUUUUACGUCAGCUUGUGGCGAAGAUGACAUUGUAGGGGUUCAUUGCACUCACGGUGUAAAUCGUUCCGGAUACCUAAUUUGUAGGUAUCUCGUACAGCAAUUAGGUUGGGAACUGGAGAAUUGUUUAAAAGCGUUCGAAACGGCCCGUGGAUAUCCCAUCGAUCGUAAAAUCUAUAUAAACGCGUUGCAGAAAGUACCGCGCGAGAAAAUCGACACGAGUAAAAUCAGCGUGGAUUCGAGGGGAACAUCAGGCUCGGAGGCGCCGAGUAGAAGAGUGAUGCGCGUUUCGUUCAAGUAUCCAGGGAGCAACCCACCACCACCACCACCACCACCACCACCACCACCACCCUGUCCGUCCAGAACGCCCGCCGGUAUCUUACCCCACGCUCCACCCGCUCGGUUACCACCGCCAAAAAUGCCUCCGCCUCCUCCCCCGCAAUCCGCCCCGACAAGACCCAUCCUCUUUAAACGAUUGCAACCGCAAAAGAGAAAAUCCCAUCUUCGAAACGGCAUUCUCACCUCGGCUAGAAACCCUGUCGAUUUAAUGAGGCAGAACAGCCAGACGAGUAGGAUAUUGCCUAAAUUGAUGAAAGAGCAGGAUUUCACGGUAGAUACGUUCGAGGAGAAUUUACUCGCCGUCUCGAGCCAAUCGAACAGGCGGUCGACCAAAGGAAGAUACAAUCAGACCAAGUGACGACGUGCCAUUUAGGAAGCGUGAUUAUUUACUUAAACGCGUGCGAACACACAACAACAUCUCGCGUCCUUCUCUCGCCGAGUUUUAUUCGUCAGUUUCGUUCCCCUCGCCGUUCUCUCGUGGCAGAGAAACCCACGAGUCGCGAUGAAAUGAGGAACGGUUCAACCAAAUUCCUACGAUUAUGGACGAUUUUUCCGACUUGGGCGAUCGGGGGAGAAACGUCGAAAUAAAAAAAAUGUAACAAAAAAAAAAAUACAAAAAAAGAAGAAGAAGAAGAAGAAGAACAAGAAGAAGAACAAGAAGAAGAAGAAGAGGAAAAAGAUAUCACGACGAUUCUGCGAAAAUGUGAAAAUAUUUGUAUAGUAACGAUCGGUGCCCAUCCCUCCCCCCUUUUUUCCCUCCUACGACACAUGUUCCUCGACACGCUAUUUUGAAGAUAACGUUCGUCAUUAAUGAAAAUAAAUGCACUUUGUCGAUAAUCUUAUUACGAUCCAAUCCAUUACCACGUUAUUCCCCUUUUUUUUAAUUUUAAUUUCACGUUCACAAGAUUACGAUUUAGUACUUAACUUCGACCACGAGAGAUUACGAGUAUACCAUUGUUAAUCUUGCUUCGAGAAUUGUCUUGGUUCGAACUCUGUUUCCUAGUUUUAGAGUGAAAAUAAACUAAUCGGCCAGUUAGCCUUAUACAUAUGUGUAUAUAUAUAUGUGUAUACACACAUAUAUAUAUAUAUAUACCGUAUUUGCAAGUGCUAUUCGAAUACGAUGAUGGUUCGUUGAUUAUAUAUUUUGUAAGUAAAAUAUAACGAAUCUUUAAUUAUUGAAUCCUUUUAAUUUCUCUUAAUCGAUCGACUGAUAAAAACUCUUCGUUUUAACUAUACAUUUACUUUUUUGCUUGUCGAUAAUUACUACCGGGCAGGUAAAAGAUUAUAAUAUAUUCAGGUAUAGUAUAUAUUCAAUUUGAUAUUUAUUUUAUCGAUAGAUAAUCUAUGUAUGUUUAUCUGUGUAUGUACAACUCUUGUUUCAAGUAUAUUUACUUGAAAAUUCUUUUCAUACAGUUUUAUUUAUGUAUAUACUGUGCUGUAAACAUUUAUUUUCAUUCUAUGUUUAACAUAGCAAUUGUAAUUUCUUCGCAAGUCAUUCCAUAUAUUAUUGCCAUUUUUCUUUUUCUUUCUCUCUGUCUCUCCAACGUUUCGUUUUGAUCGAUAGCGAUCGUUGAGAAAUUUUUUUUCUUUUUUAUUUGAAAAAACGAGAUUAAUUUCGAGAUCGAUGUAAAGGAAAAAAUUAUAAAGCGAUUAUUCCUUUCAGCGAUUAAUUUAAAAAAAGAAAUUUCGAAAUCUUUCGAAGAGAAAGACACGCAAAGAUUAAUUCUUUCAUCCAAAUGACAUUUAAAAUGACGUUUGUGCGUAAUUAAGUAUCGAAGGUAAAUAACGCGAAAUACAUCGAAAUCGAAACAUUUUUUUGCAGAUCUUGUUGAAAAGCGAUAAAAAGUGCGAUCGAGUAAACUUUAUUUUCCGUUGCGAAAAUUUUGUAUUCAGUAUUUUAAUUUUAAUUUCCAGCUCUCUAACGUAAUUGCUUUAAAAAAUGAACAGCGAUUCGAUGAACGUUUAUUCGUUUUUUUAAGACGAAAGAAGCGUAUAUAUAUAUAUAUAUACAAUUUCGAUCGAUAUUUAUUCGAUCGAGUAAAUAUUAUAAGAGGGAUAUUAUCUCUUGAUAUCUUUUCGUAAAAUUACGUUAAAAAUUACGUUACGUCGGUGUAAAUAUAUACGUAUAAUUAUAUAACGUUGAUUAGUUUUGCAUCUUUGUAGCUAAUCGUUUAAAGAAAAAAAAAAAAAAAAAAAUUUUAAUGCUCUUUCGUACAUUUUAGAGAUUUAAGAUUCGAAACGAUAAAUUCGAUAUUGAUCGACUACAUGUAUGUACGUAUUUAGUUUUCGAUUUCGAAAAA